AGUUCCUAGGACACAUGUAUGCGAAAAUCGCAGCACCACUCACGAAUCUGCUGAAGAAGAACACGCCCUACAAAUGGGAGCCGAAGCACCAGGAAGCCGUGGAGCAGCUGAAGCAAGCACUCACGUCCGCACCAGUACUCAUCUUGCCAGAUCCCGAACGCGACUACGUCAUCGAAGCUGACGCCAGCGACCAGGCAGUGGGAGCAGUCUUGAUGCAAUACCAGGGGAAUGGACUGCAACCAAUCGCCUCCCUCAACAAGAAACUGCACGGGGCAAAACUUAACUACCCGAUACGUGACAAAGAGGCCUUUGUCAUCGUCAUCGCCUUCAAAGCGUGGAGAUGUUAUCUCGAAGGACGAAGAACAACCGUCUACACCGACCACUGCAGCCUGAAAUAUUUGAGGACACAACCCAACCUUUCCCGGCGGCAGGUCCGGUGGAUGGACUUCCUCGAGACACACUUCCACUACGACAUCGUGUACAAGCCCGGCCACAAAAACAAAGCAGAUGCUCUCAGCCGACCUGCACACGUACCCAAUUACCCUCCUUUACGCCAGUUACUACUCGAAGAAUACCACGACGUCCUCUACGCCGGACACUUCGGUAGCAACAAGACGCUGACCGGUAUUGCAAAGCACUACUACUGGCCCCACUUGGCAGAAGAUGUUCAGAAAUUCGUCACCUCGUGUGAUACAUGUCAGCGGAUGAAGAGCAGCAAACAGAAGAAGGCAGGACUACUACAGCCUCUUCCUGUCCCAGAACAACCAUGGCAAGUGGUUAGCUUGGACUUCAUCACCGGGUUACCACCUACCUCCAGCGGUCAUGACGCCAUCCUUGUCGUCAUCGACAAAUUCUCCAAAAUGGGACACUUCAUCCCGACACACACGACAACACGCACCGAAGAAACAGCACAACUCUUCGUUCGAUACAUCAUCUCACAGCAUGGCAUUCCAACCACACUCAUUUCCGACCGAGACCCCAAGUUCACCAGCAAGUUCUGGAAGGAACUUAUGUCUCUCCUCGGGACCAAACGCGCCAUGUCAUCUGCUUACCAUCCGCAGAUAGACGGACAGACCGAGCGCCUCAACCAGAUUGUCGAGCAACUCCUCCAAGCAGCCUGCAAGGACGAGAUCUCCAAAUGGGACUUGCAUCUGCCCGUUCUAGAGUUUGCUUACAACAAUGCUACACAUGCCGCUACUGGAAAGACGCCGUUCUUCCUCUGCUACGGCCGCCACCCACUCACACCACAACAACCGACAGCAUCAGCUACAGUCCAACCUGCGCAUGAUUUCAUCACAACCAUGCAUCAGCUUUGGGAUCGGACCCACAAGCGCCUACUCGACAUUCAACAGCAACAGAAGCGCCAGGCCGAUCGCCAUCGCAACGAUCACACCAUCACGGUGGGAGACCAUGUGCUUCUUGACACCCGCAACCUGGACAUCAGCCAUCUCCCAUCUAAACUUCGACCUCGCUUCUGCGGGCCUUUUCUUGUUGAAGCACAGGUUACUCCUGUUACCUUCCGCUUACGCCUGCCAGCUACCUGGAAGAUUCAUAACGCCUUCCAUGUCCAACUUCUGAAGCCCUAUCGGGAUCCGAACACAAUCUUCAUCAGACGCCAACCGCCGCCGCCACCGCCCGUCCUCGUCCACAAUGAACCCGAAUACGAGGUCGAGUCCGUGCUCGCACACCGCCGUCGUCGGAAUGGCACCGUGGAGCUUCUCAUCCGUUGGAAGGGUUAUGAUCCUUCUGAGGACAGCUGGGUACCUGAGUCCGACAUGGGUAACGCCCGUCGUCCUCUGCAUGCCUACCUUGUCAAGCACGGUGUUACUACUACCACCCAGCUUUGAGGGGGGGAAGUGUGAGAGUACGAC